AUGCUGAAGUACACACCAGUAGCUGUUCAACUCUCGACCUCACAGCCUCCUCCUGUCUUGUUUUUAGGCUUCUACGACGCCGAUACCACCCUAUCCUGUCUCCCUCGCCAUCCUCGAUCCCCGCUCCCCGUCUCUGAGGGCGAAAGUGUGGGUGGGAAUCCUCGCGAAGAUCUAUGA